GAAAGAGCUAGAAUCAGACUUUAUAGUUAGUCAAAGAGUCAACUUGUGAGUUAUCGCAAUGAAAAUUUACGUUUCUGUGUUUGUUUUAAGUGUUCUUGUGGCUGUUGGACAGUGUACGAAGAUUGAUGGACCUUGUCCAAUCAAGAUAAAACAGAUUGAAACCUUUGACGUUAAUAGAUAUUUGGGUAAAUGGUGGGAUGUUUAUGCUGGUUCAAACUCAUAUGGCAGUUGUGGUAGUGGUUAUGGAUGUAUAUUGACCUACUAUCGUCUUUACCACGAAGACACUCAUGCAAUUCCUAUCAACUAUUUUUCUGGACCAGAUUACGCCAACAUAUGCUCAGUUGGAAUCUGGCAAACUGAUUAUGAUGUGGAUGGUCGCUUGUUUUACGAUGGAGAUGACAAUAGUAUUUACGUUUUAGACACUGAUUAUGACAGUUAUGCAGUCGAAAUUGCUUGUUCUAAUGACGAUGGAACUACCCAUGAAGAGAAAGUCGUUUUUAGAUCAAGAAACAUGACGAUGUCAGCCGAGGUUCGAGAUAAACUGGUUAAGAAAGUAGUUGAUUAUGGAUUUGCUGAACCAGAGUUGGUUGCUCAUAACUUUACUGGUUGUAAAGAUUUCGAUCCUGAUUUUUGGCACAAACAUUGACAUUAUAUUGUUUGACAAUAGUGAUUGUUGUUCAAAAGAUCAGAUUAAUUAUUUAAAUUAAUGUUUAAAUAUUUCAACUGCACGAUCCGAUUUAAUUUUUUCAUUGGCAAUAAAAUUUAUUAUAAGCAAAAAAUUGACAUAUAAUACA